GCGGCGCCCAUGGCUGGUCAGGACCCUGCGCUGAGCCCGAGCCACCCAUUCUAUGACAUGGCCAGACAUGGCAUCCUGCAGGUGGCAGGGGACGAGCAGCUGGGGAGACGCGUGGUCACCUUCAGCUGCCGCCGGCCGCCACCCUCGCAGCAGCUGGACCGGUACGUGGAGCACGACUACACGACCGUCUGCUUCCACCACGGCCUCAGCAGCCAGAACAAGCCGUCCCUGCGCCGGCUGCAGGGCGCCGACCGGGAGUCCGACCGGAAGUACAAGAAGAACCUGAAGGCGCUGUACGUGCUGCACCCCACCAGCUUCAUCAAGGUGCUCUGGGGCAUCUUCAGACCGCUCAUCAGUCACAAAUUUGGGGGGAAAGUCGCCUAUCUCACCUUGAGCGAGCUCCGGGAGCAGCUCCAGUGCGACCAGCUGCCGGUUCCCCCGGAAGUCCUGCGGGGAGUCCCGUACGAUGAGAAGCUUCAGGCCCUGCACAGGGGCCUCCGGACCCCGCCCGCCAGGACGCCGCCCCCCAGGCCACCGCUGCCCACGCAGCAGUUCGGGGUCAGCCUGCGGUACCUCAGAGAGAAUGGCGGCGAACUCAUCCCUGCGGGCUGCGCAGGGAAGGCCUGUUCCGGAGGUCGGCCAGCGCCCAGACCAUCCGCCAAGUGCAGAGGCUGUAAGAUCAAGGGAAGCCGGAUCCUGAAGACGUUCCUGCGCGAGCUGCCCGCGCCGCUCACCUUCCAGGCCUAUGAGCAGAUCCUGGGCAUCACCAGCGUGGAGAGCAGCCAGCGCGUAAGCCGCUGUCGUGAGAUCCUGCAGGACCUCCCCAAGCACAACUAUGCCAUCCUCCACUACCUCGUGGGCUUCCUGCAUGAGGUGUCCCGGGAAAGCAUCUUUAACAAGAUGAGCAGCUGGGACCUGGCCUGCGUGUUCGGGCUGGACUUGGUCUGGCCGCGCGGGGCCGCCUCCCUGAGCGCCCUGGAGCCGCACCUGUUCACCGAGCUGCUCACUGAGUGCUACGAGAGGCUCUUCAGACCCCGACACCCCCCGGGAGCGUGCGCCGGGCCCCCGUGGAAGCCGGCAAACAGAGUGGCCCGGCCCCAGAUGUGCCCCGAGGGCUGCGCCCGGGCCACCUCCCCGGCCCCUGACAGCGGGAGAUGCUGA